AUGAUUGAUAUACUCAGUGGUAAAUCUUGUUUUAAAAAAACACAAAUGAAAAACUAUUCAUUAAUAGAACUUCAAAAACAAUAUAAAAUUUAUAAAUGUCUUCGUGAUGCAUAUGAUGAAAAAAUAAUUCAAAUAGCGUUUAAUGAAGGUAUGUUGUUAUCAGCUGGAUUCUGGUCUUUAUUACUUUAUGAUGCUGCAUUAGAUAAUACAUCUCCAUUUAAACCUUUAUUAAAAUUCGAAAAAUAUUUUAUACAGUUAGCUAAAAUUGGUGAUUAUGAACAAGAACAUUUGAAUGCGUCGAUAUUUGUACCUCUAUCAGAGGCUUUGAAAGAACUUUUAAAUGGUUUAAUUCAUCAUUAA